UGCGCGCGCGCAUCCCGCGGCAGGCUGGUAAGCCGGCGCGGGUCAGUCCGCGGCCGCAGUGAUCGCUCGGACGCCGACCGCGCCACACGCCACGUACACCCAGCUCGCAUGCUCGAAGCCGCACCACGCGAAAAAACACAAUAAAACCAAUCGACCCCGAGUGACCCCAAAAGUGCAUACCGAGCGGCCGACACGAACGAAACGACUUCGCGAAUACACUCUAUUCAAAAAACUAACACUAACGCUUUGCAGUAACACGUGAGCUUUAUUAACUGUUAUUAUAAGUUAUAAUUAACGUAAAGGUGGAAAUUAAACUGUGCACUGGAAGAUAUCAAAGUUUUGAGCGAUUGUUUUAAAUUUAAAUGAUAACGGGCGAGGUGUGCUAGCGGCCGGUGGCUGUGCUCACACAGAAUGUCUGAAGGCGACGUGUCGUUGAUCCGCGACGAGGAUCUGCUGCGGCGCAUGUGGCAGCAGACGGAAGACUUCUCUCGCAAGAAAGAGAUUCGCGCGCACAUGUACCGACUGCGGGAAGAGCGCCUGCGCGACCUGUACUCACCCGAACCUCCCAGGGAGGGGAAAGGUAGUGAGUUCAGUGCUGCGCAAGGCCACGUGAAGUCGUUCGCGGACCAGAGCUUCCAGUCCAUGAAGAGCAAGGAGGUCCGCGACGCUGGCUCCCCACCCAAGGAGUUCACGUACCGCGGCCAAGACUUGAAGGCGCUGUCGAACGCUGGCUGGAAUGUGGAGUCGGAGAACAAGACCACCGACGAUGGUCACACGCACGUCAAGUCUGUCCACGCCAACAUUGAAGGCAGAUACGAUGUGGAUGGCGGCAAAGGACAAUUUGCUGCCGUCGAUCAUCAUAAAGAAGCCGUCACCGAGUAUCACGAUGACAACAGCAGCUUGAAACGUAACGAGACCUCGUCGAACACAGCAGCUCGCGAACACGUCGUGCGCAAAACUGAUGACGGCACGCAGAUAUCGUCUACCACCAGCUCGUCGACUUCUUCGUCCAAGUUCCAGCAGAUGUCUUCGACGCGACAUGAAACAGUGCCAUAUUUGACUAACGAUGACUAUGACCUACGAAGUUAUGAUACUAACCGCAAUGAGGAUUCAUCCUCUGUAACGAGAAGACAGAUUUCGAAAACUAAUGACUACGAACAAAACUUAAGGAACAAUGACUAUGAAACGAAUUUGAGAAAAAAUGACUACCAACAAAAUAUAACAAGAAAUGAAUAUGAACAAAGUGUAAAAAAGAAUGAGUAUGAACAUGUCGUGAGGAAAAAUGAUUAUGAACAAAACUUGACCAGAAAUGAUUAUGAGACUGGCGAGCUCGUCUCUAGGAAAGUGGAUUACCCUGAUGACAACACCAGGGUAAUUGUAGAGACGCGGUGUUUGCCUGACGGAACUCGGGUUACCAGCACCAAGAGAGAAUUUCGGGCUCCAGUACAAAGCACUCGCUCCGAACAUUCGUACCAGACAAGGGAAAAUAAAUCCUACUCUUCCCAACAGCGAUCUGAUGCAAAGGAAUCCUCCAAAAUUAUACGACACGUUAUUGAUGACCGCGCCACUGACAUCGUCGAUUCCCAAAGAAACGUUGAUGAUCACGAUUUCAAGAGACAAAUUGCUGAAUACACUUCAAAAGACAAUAAAGAUUAUUCGGAUGUGCAGCGUUAUGAAACAAAAGUGAACAAGACAAAUAUUGAUCAUUCUAAGUUGGAUGACGAAUAUUCGAAAACCACUCGCCACGUGACUCGAGUCAAUAAAGUAAUAGAGUCCACAGAUAAAGAUGACUAUGUAAACACGCAGUUUACGAAUCAGACCCAUGGCCGACAAUAUCAAAUUAAUGAUGUUCGCAAGGAAACGGCUGUCCGCGAGAUUCGCCCUGAACCAAGCCCGCCGCGUGAUCAGCGCCCACAUACAGUUACACCGCAAAAUGAUCGACCUAAAUCUUAUACACCACGCCACGAUCGUCCCGAAACGUUGACCCCAGCGGAAAACCGCCGAGACACAGAAACACCUAAAAACAAUCGUCAUGAUAUAACAUCUCCGCGCGAUGAUUACCGAGAGCCUGUAAGGCCUCGUGAUGACCAGCCGGUACCGGUGAAAGAUUAUGUCCAACACCAAACCAAGGAUACCGAGGAGAGAGUACAUCACGUCACAAGAGAUCAAAAGAUUGAGGAAACUGUAGAAAGGAAGACAAGCUCUGAUCAUUACCAAACCACAUAUCAAACAGAUUUUCCUCAAAAAAAGAUCAGCAAUGACUGGAGUCCAUCACAUCAGGCGUGGGCUAGUACACUCCGUGCCGAUACACCUACGACCACGCGACCCUCAACUAGAGCUUCUUCUCCUGGUAGUAGAACCUUCAAGUCCAGCUCAUCUUCGCUUAGGAGCAGCGUUAGCCCUGAUAAAAUAUCCAGGAAGCCAUCAAGCAGAGGUGGUAGUCCAAACAAAAUUGACAGACAUUCGCCAACCCGUAACGAUAAAAACUCUACCACACAUUCUGCCCAUAGUGUCACUGAGGUUAAAACGCAUAAGUAUACCAGUUCUGAUGAUAAAAGACCUCCCACCGGUCGCUCUCCAACGAGGCCGGGUUAUAGCCCUGAGAGAAAACCCCAAGACACUCGCUACAGGCCCAGCGUAAGUCCAGAGAAAAAACCAGAACUUCCAUUAAGGCCUAGUGCUAGCCCAGAAAGGAAACCAACAGAGAGAGGUUCACCUACAGUGAGCCACCGUAGAGUUACUUCUCCUACUCGCUUAAUAGGUAGUCGAGAUUCGCCAAUAGGAUCGCGAGAAAGUCCAGAGAGAAAGCACCCUUCUUCUAGCUCAAACUUCCCACGAUCAAGUCCGGAAAGAAAUAUUAAUAAUUUGCCUAAGGAUACUGCAAGGAAACCAGAUCUGAGUCCUGAUAGACAACCAGGGCACGGAAAACCUCAUGAUGGUCGUAAAACUCCAGUGUCUGAGUUACCCCGUACCACCUCUCCACCUCGAAAGUCUCACCCUAAAGAUAGCACCAACAGAGUUGGCUCAAGUCCAGACCGAAAACCUAGUUAUCAUCCAGCAAGUCCUUCGUCAAAAACUCCUGACGACAUUGUUCAAAAGCAACCAAAAGAUGCCCCAAGAUCGAGUAUGAGUCCUGAUAGGAAACCUGGAUAUAUGAAGCCAACUUCUGCGAGCAAGCCGUCAGAUAACCUCAAGUCCCCAACGAAGCAUGCACCAAUGCAAAGCCCUGAGCGUAAGCCUAUGGAAAAAACUACCAACAAAGUACAAGAAGAUCACUAUAAAUUUAUCGACGAGGAAACAAUAAUGUACACCCGUAACGAUAAAACUAAGCCAAAGUUACCAUCUGAACAAAAAGAUCAUUCACCUUCAAGGAAGAGUCCCAGUAAAGACACUCCCGAUUUCUGUAACACUGAAUUGACAAGAAAGAGAUCACCUUCUCCCAAGGAUCAUGUUAAAUUUAUUGACCAAAAAGAUCGGGUUGAUGUGACGCAGCACAAAACUGUUGAGGUAACCGAGGAAAUAACGUCAAAAUAUCGUUCUCCGAAGGAAAAAGAUACACCCAGUGAUAAAGCUUCUCCAAAGGAGCCAUUGCCGGUUAAUUAUGGAACUUAUGACAAAAAGAAACCGUUUGUUUCUGAUGUCACCGAGGUAACUACAACUUUUAGAGACAGUACCGAUGUAAAGGACGAUUCGCAGCCACGUCGUCAAAAAUCUCCAAACAAAACAUCUGAACAGCCAACAUCUCCCACAAAGAAGUUGCCACGAGACAGCGUGUCCCCUGCUAAAUCUCCUUCAAAAGAUUCCAAAUACAAACACACUACUGACUUUAUUACAACAGAGAGAACUAGGGAAGAGAUAAAUAAAAAAACUACUGAAGAUCGUCCACGAAAACUGGUUACACCAUCCUCUAGCCCCACUAGGAAACCGAAACCUACUGAUACUGAACCAUCGACUGGUCAAAGCUCUCCCACUACUUCUGUAAGUGGUUUCGUAUACUUCAGCUCGCCACGAACUGAAAAGCACAUUGUCACUGACUUAGACGAUCAAGAAUAUUAUUCUGAAAUACACUCCACCGACGAAACUAUUACUAAUAUCACUAAAAGACCGGAAAGUCUAGGAGUGAACAGAUCACAAUCUCCUUCUAAGAUUCCUUGCAGAUCUCCAUCUCCAGAGAAACGCACCUCGCCUUCCAAGGAUAGCCUGCCACGAAAAAGUUCUUUGAAGAAACCCUCAACAGAAGUAACUCAAGCUUCUCCAAUUGAAAAACCCCCAUCCAGUUUUCGUGUUUCACCCACAGAAGAACCAAAGGAGUUCCCUGAGCAUAAAGUGGUAAAAAAAGAUCGGCCGGAAGGUCCUGAAUCUGAUGCCGUCGUUGGCAAAAUAAAACCACCUUUAGAGCGUAGAGAGACAUAUGAGGAUCGAUGCCGAAAAAUUCUUGGAAUGAUGGAUGAUACGACUACGUCCGAAACGAUUAAAAAAACCAGUUAUUUUAAGGAGCCAGAAGCGAAUUUGAGCUCUCCUAGUGUCUCUCCUUGUCGCAGUCCUGUUCCAAGAGAGACUCCAUUUGAAUAUCCAAUAGUUAAGAAAACGACGCAGACUGAAGACGAUGUAACCGAUUUCAUAGUGCGUGAACAAGAAAAUAUUGUGAAAACAAGCACUGUAAUUAAUGAUGAUUCCUGUAUUAGUGUAAAAGAUGUGACAGAUAAAACUACAACAAAACACGAAAGAACAACUGACUAUAAAGUGGAUACAAAGAAAACUGUCACCAAUAAGUAUCCUUCACCGAGGCAAAGUCCUGAGAGGAAGCACUUGAAUCAAAAGUUAGAAGAAGAUCAGAAACUGUAUCCUGACGACCUUCCGAGGUCGACUGCAGGUGUUGAACCUACUUCUAAAGACUCCAACAAGCCUCGUUCAACUCCAUUGAAACCGAAUACAACAGGUGCCUCUCCAAGAUCUAGCAUAAGUCCUGAAAGAAAACCAGGGUAUAGGCCAACUGAGAAAAAGGAUGACAGUAAAUAUCCUGACAAAUCUACUCCAGCAACACCGGGCUAUAUGAAAACCACUUCAGCUACUUCAUCCAAAUAUGAUGCUACGAAUGAAGAGAAUGAAACAAUUAAGACAAAAACAACAAUUGAAAGAAAAGUAACACAAUCUCCAACAAGAAAAACUCCAUCUGAUAAACCAGUUGGUCCAGAUCAACGUUCUGAUAGGAGUCCCCAGCGAAAACCAAGCACUGACGAAAAGGCACCAAUCAAGGCAAUGCCUGAAAAUAAACCUUCUGACACGUAUCCCAGAGAAGCGUCUCCGUCUAGACCAAGCUACAAUAAAACCACAACUUCAAUGAUAGUUGAAUACGAUUCCACCUCCACGAUUGAAGACAUUGAUCAGUCGAUGACUUCAGAAACUAUAUCAAAAAAGUCAUCCCCUCGUCCUUCAGUAUCUCCAACACGACGAGUCUCAAAACCGUCAGAUGACAUUCCAACAAGGCAGUCCAACAAGAGUCCAGACCGCAAGCAUAAAGACGACCUAGCUUCUACAAAAGAUGUUUCUGAGAGAAAACCGACGAAACCAAAGGACUCCUCUCCAUCAGGACCGGGCUACAUGAAAUCUACUGCUUCUAUGACUUCAAAGUAUGAGACCACCUCCACUGAAGAUCUCCGUGAUACUAAUACUUCUAAGACGGUCCAAACCAGAUACUCAUCUUCACCCUCACGCAAAACUGUUAAACCUUCUGAUGGCGCUGAUAGCAGACCCAAUCAUCCUAAAGAACAAAGCCCUGAUGGCAAGCCUCACGCUCAUCAAGAUCGUUCUCCUACUAGGAAAUUAUCAGAAAACACUCCUGUAGACAAGUAUCCCAGAGAUAGUUCACCAACUAAAGGUAAACCUGAUAAAAUCCCUGGUUAUAUGAAAACUACGUCUGUCUCAUCAAAAUAUGAGACUAUAUGCACCACUGAGGAAGAUGUAGAAGAAAAUACGUCUUUAACUAUAACUAAAACCAAUGUGCGGCAGCCAUCAGACUCUCCAUCUAAAAAAGAACUGGAAAGUUAUCCUCGUACUUCACCACCUAAGUCUACUACUGCUAAGCCACUAGAUGGCUUUUCUCAAACUAAGCCUGGACGUGAGACAGCACCUAAAUCAGGUAUAUCUGACAAGCCAACUGACAAUAAGCCAAACACUAUUGAGAAAACUCCUGAGUUCGUGAAGACAACUUCUCAUAAUAUUUAUAAACAAGAUACAGUGUCUGCCACUAAAGAUUUCUUAGAAACCUGUAGAACAGAAAGGCAAAGUCCUCAUUAUACCCCUGAUUCACAAACUCCGAAGACAAGUGAUGAGUAUGGCCAAGAAACCGACCAUCCUCGAACAGUUUCACCAUCCAGGUCACACCCAACAGAUUAUAACUCAUCUAGACAUAGCAUUAGUCCUGAUCGUAAGUCUCAGCAGCCUUCUGAGCCCCUUGUGAAGAAACCAACCGAUGAAAAACGCAGGGGAGCAUCGCCUUCAAAGAAAAUUAUGAAUCCCGAAACUCCUGGUUACAUGAAAACUACUACGUCUGUUAAAACUAGACAUGAUGAGGAUUUCGAAGAAAUCACAUCCAGUAAGACCAGACAGAGUGUGCAUUCAUUAUCACGUCCAUCACCACCUAAAACGACUAAAUCAGAUAACGCUCCAAGUAAACCUGAUUUGGACAGAAGUCCUAACCGCAACCUACAAAAAUACACUGAGCCAUCACCCAAAGCUAGCCCAGAGAGACAAAUAGGUUACAAAUAUCCCAAGGACACUUCUCCGUCGCGAAAAACACCUGCCUCGGAAGAGACUGAACCUAGUAAUUUAAAAACCAUAACUUCUAUUAAGUCAACUUUGGAAGAUAUUAAGGACACCACGACUACAAAAAUCAAAGAAGGAUACCAUUCUACUUUGCAUCAGUCAGACACUUCACCAACAAGAAGAGGCACUAAGCCUACGGACAGUUAUAAAUCCACUCCGGAUCAGUCGCGAACACAUUCACCAACUAAGUCUCUACCAGAUGCCUCUGUAAAAAAAUCACCUGCACCUAAAGAGAGUAUUAACAAAUAUCCACGACACUCAUCUCCAAGAUCAAGUCCAGACAGAAAAACAACAACUGAUUCGGUUGUGACAUGUAAUACUGAAACUAUUUCCACCACCGAAGAAAUUGAGACUACAGAAGAUACAGUCCCCAAGCAUCCAUCAGGAAGAUCUCCUGAAUCGCCUUCACGCCAUGCUCCUUACGAACCAUCUAAAAAGCGUAGCUACCUUCAGCAACCAGAAGAGACCAGGCAGCUUCGCACACCUUCACCAAUGAAAAAAACCACAAAAAUUACUGAAGUUAGUACGGACUUCCUGAUGUCCGAAAGAGAACAGGAAAUUUUAGAUAGAGUCCAAAAAUCCCUUCGAAAAUUGUCUCCUGAUCGUAAAGAGAGAUCACCCAGCAGAGAAAAGAGCCCAAACAAAACAACAACCAGUUUGAAAGACAUUGAUAUAGCUAGCCACACUCUGAACGACAAUGAAAUUAUUAACGAAGAUGUAAUAGAUAUCACAGAGCAAUCAACCACUAAACAAGGAUCGCUUAUAGCUGAAAAAGUCAAGGAUUCCAAAGUCCCAACCAAAUUAUCUCCCAGAACUGUUUCGCCUACUAAGAAACCUUCAGGUAUUGCAACUCCAACAAAAACGGAUAAAAUAAGUCCGGAAUCACCCACGAAACCAAGAAGUGUUUCUCCCAAAAAGCCAGUUUCAGCAAAUGAAAGACCACAGUCACCGCAAGUGCGGCCAAGUGGAAUAAAACCUAAGGAGCCGAUACCUUCUCAUCUGACUAGAAAGGCGACGCCUGCCACUUUAAAUAUCACCAAAACGGACAAAACUGUAACAGAUUUUAAGAAAACUUCAAAUAUUGGCUCUGUAACUAAACAAAAUAGUUUCAGUCGUUCAACAACAAAUAAAACUACUACAAAGACAAUCUCUUCACCUACGAGUCGACCUACCGAACCAGAAACUAAGCGAACCCCAACUCCUAAAGGCAUAAGGGAGAGCGUGAUCCCGACAAAGAAAGACAUCGACACGAAAGUGAUGCGGACUGUUAGUGAUAUUACAAUUAAGUCGAAGAAAACAUCACCUCAAAGAAUGAAAUCAAAGCCAGAAAUUCAAGUGAGUGAUAUGUCUACUAAAACUACAAAGCCUUCUAUUAAAGAACCACAUUCUAAAUUGCCAAGUAAACCAAAAUCAGCUACGACAUUGAAUACUUCAACUGACGAAGAUGACAUUAUUAUUGAUGUUGAGCAAUCGAAAUCGUCGAGAGAAAAUUCACCUGAUCGUAUUUGUCCAACUCCCGUUAAUUUUGGAGAUGACGUUGGUACACCUCGAUAUCCUGAUGAAGUGAGUGAACCUGAUGAUGAUUUCCGUAAACGAACUCAUCAUACAAUCCAUGAGGCCGAGUCUAUCGUGGAUGACAUUGUUGAAAUUUGUGAAGAUGACGAACUUUUUGUUAGAAAGACUGAUGUCGACGUUGCGACUGAAGAUGACGAAAGCCUUCUUAGUGUAACAGACAAAGUAUCCAGAUUUACUAAAGGUGUUGAGACAGUAACAAAGCAUAAAGAUACAACUGCAAUAUUUAAAGAUACUGAAAGAAGGACACAUUCUGAUUUCAUUGAUGAUAAGUUGAAAUCUGAUGAGUGCUUAUUGUCUGUAUCGGAGAAAGUAAACAAGUUUGCUAGAGGACCAAGUGCUACUAGAGAUAGCAAGAGUCCCUCACGGAGAGUUACCGAUGAAUACGAUAAAAAUACUGUUUAUCAAGAUGACUACACUAAACUAAGUGUACACGACAAAGCACACUUGUUUGUGGAGACUGCAGAAAACGCUAAGACUCCUAAAGUUAAACCGACUCCACAAAAAGUGGAGCGUCCUGACUUAACUAACGUUGAUGACUCAUUAAAGAGUGAUGAUUGCUUACUCAGUGUUUCGGACAAAGUACAUAAGUUUGUAAAAACAGCUGAGCAAUUCUUGACGGAAUCUCAGGAGGUCGAGGAGAAGGAAAAGCGAAUUAAAGAGCAACAUGACAAAAUCAUGCGCAAGAUAGUAGAUGAAGUUGAUGAUGAGGUAGAAAACUAUAUCGAGACGAUGAAUGUUACCGAAGAUGUGGAAGUCACAAGCAAAAAGCCAUCAGACCGCCGUGAUGAAAAGCCCCAUAAACCAAGGGAAACUUCAUCAUUGCUACCGAAGGUUAAAGAGUACAACAGCCCUAGUCUGAAAACCGCUGAUAGAACUCCAACCGUUAAAAUAACUACUCUUCGCAGCAGUGAAGCUGUUAAGAAGGCUAAAGCUUUGUUUGAAACAAUAGCCACCACUACGCAAAAAACAAAAGAAACCAUUAAAACUAAAACUGCUAAAUUAACAGACAUCGGAGUUACGAAAAAGUCUCCUAAACCUGAUUCUACUACUGAUAUCCAUCCCUGUAUUGAAGAUUCUUCACCUAUUUAUAUUCCUGAUAAAGUGGGGGAUGAGGGUGAUGUUCCUCAAACCCAUAAAGAGCGACCGACAAGUGGUACACUCAGCCGGCCGCAAUAUCCUCGGACUGAUGAUAAGCCGCGGAGCAGCCCGUCACGUUUGGUGGCCCAGUCUCCAGAAAUUCCAAGGUCUAAGUCCCCAGGUUAUCAAACUGUGGAAACCACAACUACAUCCAAAACUGUGUUAUCAAGAUAUCCGACUACUCAAAGAGCUGAAUCUCCGAGUCAGCGACACGAGCCUCAAAAAUCCGAUAAAAUUCCUGGAUACCUUCGUCCAACAAAAACUAGCCAAAUCAAGGAGGAGACGAAGGUGGUUGAGGAUACCGAAGUAAGCAGUCGACGAGGGAGCGGCAAGUUUGGUGUAGAGCUUCGAAGAACUAGUGUUGAAAGAUCAACGGCAAGUAGCGAACGCCGGCGAAGCGUCGAGCACCCCUGCAUCGAAGACAUCUUCGACCUGGACCUCCUGGAACAAAUGUUGGAAAAGGUCGUUGGUUACGAGCAGAGGCGUCGCAUCAGAUCACAGAUUCGGAUUGCUAGAAAAAAAGUCGAGAGCGACCAUAUUGACACUAACACUUACACUAAAACUACAAGACAAACUAUGACUACACAAAAGCUGCGGUCACCGGAACGCCUGAGGACAAGAUCACCCGAACGGGCUCCAAAAUCUACCCUCCAUAAAACAAAAUCCCCUGAUCGUCAUGCUAAAACACCCCAGAGGAUGAUCCCCGAAACCACCCGAGCACCAGAACUUGCGCAGCCUAUGCAUAAUGGGCACGCUAAAGAGCCAACCAGAACUAUUAGUGACAGGCGCCCCAGAACACACAGUCCUGAGAAACCUGCUCCAAAAUCCGUCCCCAAAUCAAAAAGUCCGGUUCGUCAACCUAGUCCCGACAAAAAGACACGACCUCAGUCUCCUAACAAAACAAUAACUCCUAAACCCAAACCCAAUCGCUUUAAUGAAUAUGCAUCAGCUUACAUGAAGAAAGUGGGUUUGAGUGAGGCUGAUAAGGUUAGAUUCGCCGAAGCAAAAUCAAGGAAAGCAGCAGAAGACAGACAGAGAACCAUCAAGCAUUCAGAAGCACAUAAAAUAGUGGAAGAAUACUCCACAACGAAAAGCUUCACUUCGAGGACUUCAUCUAAGGAUACCAUCGAAGUGAUGCAGAUGAAUGGAACUAACAAGAGGUCACCGUCACCUGAAAAGCGUCAGAGUCCUGAACGAAAGGCUCAGAGUCCGGAAAGAAAGGCUCAAAGCCCGGAACGAAUUUACGAGCGCACUCCAAGUCCUACCCGUAAACAGGUUAAAUCAGAACCUUCUAAAAAAGAGACAAUCAUAAAAACUGUUUACGAAAUUGAAAAGAAGAUACCGCAGAAAUCAGUUCAGGAAGAGAAGCCGUCGUGGGUGACCAACAGGAACCUCAAGAAGAUUAGUUCGGAAACCAGAACGUUCAGCAGUAAGAAGAUAGAAGAGAAGCCAAAGUACAGAGCGCCCAGUCCCUCCAAGGUGAUCACGAAGCCUAUCGACGUGAUCACGUCCAGCUACGGGCCCGGGCCGCUCGACGCCGACGGCAAACCACUGUUCGGUAUCAGGGCUUUGAGAAAUGGUGCAUCUAACUAUCAAGUGAAAGGCACGGUGAUCCGCCAAGAAUACUACUCCCGCAACGGCGGGGAGCCCGAGGGUACAGUCUCGGUGACCGCGUACUCCACGGAGCCCGAAGACCUGGAGCGCCUGCUGCAAGGUCAGGGGGAGCCCCCCUCGCGCAUCCACGGCCUGGCUGCCAUCACCACCACCAAGAAGUUCGGCGGAGACACGGGAACGACGCUCAAGGAAAUUCAUGGGAGAGAAGACCGCGCCGCCAUAGACCAGUUCACACACAGUGACCGGCGCGUCUCCGACUCCAAGGUCGAGGAGAUCUCCCAGAGGAGCUACGACUCCAGGCGGGAAGAUAUCUUGGGGGAAACCAGACGCAUCGAGAGCAGACGGGAGGAGGUCAUCGGUGAUCGCCUCCGACAGGCCAGGGAGGAGAUCGUGGACAGUGCUAAAGACAGGAGGGAAGAUAGGACGGAGAGGAUGCAGAGGCGAGUGGAGAAAGUGGAGAAGAAGGGAGACAGGACGCAGGAGAGGAAGGAGCGGAUAGAGAGGACGGAUGAUAAGAAGACUGUCCGACAAAGCUCCGUCAAGUCACUCACCGAGAAAUACAUCAAGAGUGCCAACGAGAGCUCGAAGACGGAGCGCGCCGCGUACCCGAAGGCGGGGCUGAUCCUCCGCACCGCCACCAUGAAGGACAGCGUCUCCAGCGACUCCUCGGCACAUGCUGGUCUGACCCGCACAGACAGCGAGCACAGCCUGGGUUCAGUAGAAGACACCGUGGUGACGACGGAGCGCGUGGACGGAGGAGUCAGGACAGUCACCACCACCACCAGGAGUCACGGCUCCGUGCAGCGCGGAGACCGCUCCUUCCUCGACAGCAACACCAAGGUCACAGGCGUCCAGGACAUACUCACCAGGAUGAAGAAUGCUGAUAUAGUGAUCCAGGAGGGCGACACGACGGAGGACACGGAGGCGCGCGCGCUGCUCAACAAGUUCCUGGGCGCCACCGUGCUCAUGGCCGGCAUGCAGGGCUACGUCACUGAGAAGCCCACUGGCAAACUCGUUGUCAAGCAGGAGACAGUUCGCACCACGAGCAGUGGAGGCGGCAAGGUCACCAGCUCGCAGACCAGCACCCUCGAGGACUUCGACGUCGACCAGUGUUGGGACGAGCGUCUUCUCAGGAAACUCUUGGACGAGUGCAACGACUACGAGCAACGUCGACGACUGCGCGCGCGCAUCCGAACACUAAUGGCGGAACAAGAAGCAUGCGCGAGCGCCGUGACGGAGGCGCUGGCGGCGGCGGGUGAAGCGGACGGCGCGGACGGCGACAGUCGCGAGGAAGAGGAAGUAACUGUGACAUCCAGCGUGAGGAGGAACUCGUCAGAAACUGUUAGCACUAGCACUACCACAACUAAAACAUCUAAAGUGAUAGAGAGUAUGACCAGGCCAGCGCCCAAGCCCGUGUCGCCGUUCGCCAAGUUCCGGCAGCUCGAAAAACAAAAUUCAACUAACAGUCCCAACUCGCCCCAGACCCCGCAGAGCCCGGGCUCUCCGGCGCAGCCUUACUUCAAGUUCACGGACCCCGCGCUGCAAGCCAGCGCCGUCACUAUUAAAGAGCGAUUGCUGCAGUGGUGUCGCGACAAGACCCGGGACUACGAGAAUGUGAAGCUGGAGAACUUCUCGACGAGCUGGGCGGACGGGCUGGCGUUCUGCGCGCUGCUGCACCACUUCCUGCCUGACGCCUUCGACUACUCCAAGCUGUCGCCUGACAAGCGCCGACACAACUUCACGCUCGCCUUCAAAAUUGCCGAUGAGAAGGCGGGCAUCUACCCGCUGCUGGACGUGGACGACAUGGUGACGAUGCGCAAGCCGGACUGGAAGUGCGUGUUCACGUACGUGCAGUCCAUCUACCGCCGGUUCAAGGACCAGAACUGACGUCACCCGGUCGCCCAGCCGUCCAGCCUCCCACUGAACACCGCCUGACGCCACUACCAACAUAUUGAAGCCUCGACGGAUAAUUGAUUAGACUCCUCCCAUGUCUAAGUUGGCGAUUAUGUUUAGAGGGCUCCAAUGGUUUAGUCAGGAGAUUUUCCAUUAGCAAAAUUAGUUGGUCCAUCCACUUUAGGCGUUGUGAUGGCAGCAGACGGUGUUCACGUCCGCGGGGUUCAGGCGUCAGCGCCGAGUAGUAGUUCGCUGUAGUCACAAAUAGUACGUUACGAAGUGUGUUAUAAAUCCAAAGAGCGUAUGUUGUUGAUUUGUUCGUUUGUUAUAAAUGUUUAUAAAUAUGUCAGUGUCCGCCCAACUCGUAUCUCCAAGCGCUGUCUCGAUACAGUCCUCCUAUUUAUUAUAAUCUCAAGAUGUGAUUUUUUCUACGUUAGCUUGUAAGUUUUAACUAACAUUAAUAUAUCGAGCGACUUCAGCUAGGUCGUAGUGUAGUGGCGCACUGCUAAGGAUCGCUUGCACUUAUAUACCCACAUAAGAGAGUCGUAUCCUUGUUAUCAGUGUACAUACUGUUUCACGAUUACAUUUAACAUAUUAUUAUUAUAUGAAUUUGACAUUAUUAAUAACAGCGGCUUGAUGUAUUCGCCUACUGAUUUUAUGAAAUUUGAUAUUAUUAUAUGAUUAUUCUGUUAAUUUAUAUUGAUAAUGAAAUAAAUAUUGAUUAACAAAAA